AUGAGUAAAUCUAAAGACGUAUCAGGUGUUUCUCUUAUUCUCGAUUACUUGAAUGAACAAAACCGACCGUACAGCGCACAGGACGUCUUCGGGAAUUUGCAGAAACAACAUGGCUUGGGAAAGACGGCGGUCGUUAAGGCUUUGGAGCUAUUGGCGCAACAAGGAAAAAUUAAAGAGAAGAUCUAUGGCAAGCAGAAAAUAUAUUUUGCUGAUCAGUCCCAGUUUACAGAUGUGAGUGACACAGAACUGAAAGGUAUGGACAGUCGGAUCUCUGAAUUAAACACCCAGGUUCAGGCUAUCGCACAAAGCUGUCGACAGUUGGAUUCAGAACUAAAAGAGCUCAAUAGCGCUCUGACCACAAAGGAAAUGGGGUCAGAAAUCCAGGAGCUGAAGCAGGAGUGCACCGUGUACACGGAGAGACUGGAGAAGAUCAAAUCGGCUACUAACCACAUUUCUCCUGAAGAUAAAGAAAAGGUUUAUAAGGAGCAGAAUCUGUAUGUCAAGGAGUGGAGGAAGAGGAAGAGAUUGGCAUCAGAUAUGAUGGGAGCCAUUUUGGAGGGAUACCCAAAAAGCAAGAAACAAUUUUUGGAAGAAGUUGGCAUAGAGACAGAUGAAGAUUGUAAGGUGACAAUGCCAAGUAUCUGA